AUGGCUGAUAUGACUGCUGAGAUUGAAGGGCUACUCCCCAUGCGACAUGUGCAAGAUCAGCCGGGACCCUUCUCCCGGUAUGUAGCCCUUUUUCUGGGAGGACUUGGCCUAGUGACCAUUGCAGUUUUGUCCAGCAGUGGGUUUCAUGGCUUGCGGAACUCUCAUGAGUUUCUGGGCCUCGAUGAGGCAGGUUGCUUUGUACCCGGGAUGUUCUAUGCACGUCCGCACAAGAUGGAUGGUACUGAUCAGACAGUGGAGGCUAGCAGCCAGGCUUGUCAGGUGCGUUGUCGAGGAGUUUCUGGUUGUGCGCACUUCACAUACUGGCCAGACGGUGGUUGUCUUCUUACCGAUAAUUCCUCCGUGCUCCAGGCUGCUCCCUACCAGUAUUCCGAGACAGUCACGGGUCCCCACACCUGUCGAUGGAUCGCGCCUGAAGCGCCAACACAAAACACAGCUGAACCAGCUCAGCCCAGUGGUACUGGUGGCCCAAGCGGUAGCGGGGCUCCACUUCAGACCAUGGUUGCUGCUGUGCCUGGCGUGAACGGCAGCAGCUGCUCCGCCUAUCCUGCCUGUGUGGCUGCAGGGAUUAAGGAAGGAAGCUGCUGCCCCAAUGACGAGAAGGUGUCCCUCGGCUGCUGCAACGGCUUUCCGCCAAAAAUGGCGGAGCUCAAGGUCGCUGCUGGUGCAGCCUGUAGUUCUUUUCCUGUGUGUGCGAGGAUGAACAUGACGGGUGCAUGCUGCCCUGCUUCGGAUGGUGUUCGGCUGUCCUGCUGUGACCAGAUGACCUCUGUGUAG